AGGGGCCGAACGGAGCGGCCGGCUGGAUUUGGUUCACGGUGCUGUCAGAUUGUUCAGCCCGAGUGUGGCCCCGAGUGGGCUUGUCCCGGUACCGGGCUCCCCAGCGUUCCCGAAGCCUGGUGAAUUCCCCGGUUUCGUAGCAACGUGAGACCGAGCUGCGGAUAGAGGGAGUGGCAGCGCAAUCCCAAGUCGUUCGGGCGCUGCCCGGAACCCCCGAACCCGGCCCAAAGAGAAGGCGGCGAAACCCAGAGCUUGGAAGAAUAAACAGGAAAUGGCGGACGAGGCAUUAUUUUUGCUUCUCCAUAACGAGAUGGUGUCUGGCGUAUACAAGUCCGCGGAGCACGGGGAGGUGGAAAAUGGACGCUGUAUUACUAAACUGGAAAACAUGGGGUUUCGAGUGGGACAAGGAUUGAUAGAAAGGUUUACAAAAGAUACUGCAAGAUUCAAGGAUGAGUUAGAUAUAAUGAAGUUUGUUUGUAAAGAUUUUUGGACUACAGUAUUCAAGAAACAAAUCGACAAUCUUAGGACAAAUCAUCAGGGCAUCUAUGUGCUACAAGACAACAAAUUUCGUCUGCUUACUCAAAUGUCUGCAGGGAAACAAUAUUUAGAACAUGCUUCUAAGUAUUUAGCAUUUACAUGUGGCUUAAUCAGAGGUGGCCUAUCAAAUUUGGGAAUAAAAAGUAUUGUAACAGCUGAAGUGUCUUCAAUGCCUGCAUGUAAAUUUCAGGUGAUGAUACAGAAGCUGUAAAAUAUACUGAAAAAGCAAAACUUCAGCAGUUUAAAGAGAUAAAUUAUUCACAUAAACUAUUCGAAGUAGCAGUGAUUCAAUUUCAUUUGAACAUUUAUAUUGAUGUAAGCUGUUUGCUAAUUUAUAUAACGAAAGAUGCAUUCUUAAGCAGAGGUAAGGCGUUUUAUUGAUUUACCACUGACCAAGUUAAAACAGUUAAGAGGCACUCUACCAUAACAUUUUCUUUUCUAAAACUAUUCAAAAUGAGUACCUGAUUUCAAAUAAACCAAAACGAAGGACCUUUAUUUAAACUUUAUGGCUUAGAGUGAUAUGUACUUAACAACAAAUGGAGAAGCAAAACUCAGGGUUUGGUAAAUUCGUAUUAAAAAAAUAUGCAUCAGUCAGAAUAAUUUUUGGGUGUGUUUUGUAAAUUUAUUUUAUUUAAACAAAAGCAGGUAGUACACUAAAGCUAAAUUUUUAUUGCUUAUAAUUUAUUUUGUUAAGAAUAAGAAUUUUUAUGUCUAUGUAAGGAUUUCAUUAUAUAGUUUUUUUGUGCACAGGGUGUAUAUACCUAUCAUGUGACUGCCUAAGUUGCUUAAAAACUUACUUUUAAUAGAAUUAAGUCCUUAGGUAAACUACAGAUUAGUUUAAAUGUGAAUUAAAGGUGGUACAGAGAACAGGAUUAAGGGGCUUGCCUUGCCUGUGACUCACCCAUAUUGUUCACUGGCAUGCAUGGCAUUGCAAGGAGUAACACGAGUACAGAACCUGUGAUAGUUCCUGAGUACCAAGUUUUGGCUCCCUGGGGACCCCCCACCCCCUAUUUUCCCCAUCAAAAUAAAAUGUGAAUAAUACAGUGGACUCCAUAGUCAGAGAAUAUUAAUUUUUUGGAAGAGCUGUUUAUACUUCUGUUACAGUCUCUGCUUUCAGCUUCUUCCCUAUGGGUAAAAAUGCUGGUGAUGGUUCUAAUAUUUUUAUUUUCUUAUUUAGUUUCCCUAAGGGUUAAGGUGUGGAUUGGAUUGAAUUAUUUACACAAAAGUUCAGUGGACUGUAUUUCUCACUGUUUGGGGUCAAUGCUCAUUUGAGUGUAUCUCUCGCUUGUUUUGACUGUGAAUGGAUCAGCGUGAAGAUGGAAACCAUCACUGAGGACAGGAGAAUACAAAGACUGAAAGCACGUAGAUUGUGCUUCCGAAUUAGCCUGUCUCGGAAUUGCUUUAUCUUUGGACUUUUUAUGUGGGAUAUUAAAUUCCUUAUAUUGUUCAA